AUGGUUGUCGAAUCAGAGGAAGUUCACCAUGAGUCAUCUGAAGAAUACGAAGAUGAUGAGGAGGGUAAAGAGAGAUGCAAGGAUGCUUUCCUUAACUUCAGUUCUGAUUAUGAAGAUAAUGAAGUCGAUGAAGACAAUGACUUAGUUGAUGAAGAUGAAGAAGGGUUUGGUUCAGAAGAGGAAAUUGAUGACACAACAGGGGCUAAUGAUCUUGAUUUGGGAGAUGCGGUUGGUGCAGGCUUCCCCAUUCACGACCCAUCAGUUAAGUGGAAUAAGAUGAAGCCCCUUCUUGGUGAAAGGUUCAAAAGCAUUCAUAGGGGCAAUAGGGACAUCAACAUUCACAGGGGCAAUAGGGCCAUCAACAGGUAUUUCACCUUCAUUAACAGGGUUAUUGAAAGGAAUAACUACACCCUCAUUAGCAACACCUCCUAA